AUGCUUAUCAGGCUCUUGACACUAGUUGUUCCACUUGCACUAGCUGUCGGCAUUGGUGCUCACAAGCAGGUGGCUUUCAAGGAUGAUAAGUUCCUCAAUGAAACAAUUCCCCAUGCCCUGGCUUCUGUUACAUCCGAGGACUCUUUCACAACAUUGUCUCUUGCCCGUUUCCCUCACCACUCCGUUCGCAUCAAGAAGUCAGAUUUCUGCGAUCCCACUGUUUCUGUCUACACCGGCUAUCUUGAUGUCGAUCAGGGAGCAAAGCACUUGUUCUUCUACUUCUUUGAAAGCCGCAGAGACCCAGAAACUGAUGAUGUGAUGAUGUGGAUCAAUGGAGGUCCCGGGUGUUCUGCCGCGCUUGGCUUGUUAUUUGAACUUGGGCCAUGUAGCAUCGACGUCAGUGGUUCAUCCCCAAAUAGUACCACAUGGAACCCAUACUCGUGGAAUAAGGAAGCCAAUAUUUUCUUCCUGGACCAACCAGUUGGGGUAGGCUACUCAUAUGCCGACUUUGGUGAAACAGUUGAGACGACGGAGGAUGCUGCUCAGAAUGUGCAUGCAUUCAUCACAAUCUUUUUCGAGGGACGGUAUCUUCCUGUCUUUGCCAGCGAAAUUUACGACCAGAAUCAAAUUGCAAAGGCAGAGGGACGACCGACCAUCAACCUUCAAAGUAUCCUGAUCGGGAAUGGUAUCACUGAUAUCUCAACUUUAUACCAAGGGCGCUAUGAGAUUGAAUGCGGCACUGCUGCCCUUGAAAUACCAUUCCAACAAAUCAGCUCUUGUGUGCGCAUGAAGUCGGCGUUACCUCGGUGUCAAGCUUUCAUGCGUGAUGGAUGCAUCAACCAAUUUGAUCACAUGAAUUGUGGGGCCGCUGUUGCCUUCUGCGACGCACAGCUUAGCACUGCAUUUUGGGCAAGUGACCGGAAUGUGUACGAUGUCUCAAUGACGUGUGACGACCAAGAACUGUGCUAUGCAGGAGACGCCAUUAUCCGAGAUUUUCUUGAUGCGCCAGAGACACGGAAGAUGCUUGGUGCUCAGAGCCCGGGUGAAUUUUCUCUCUGCUCUGGUGUUGUCGGGCGCAACUUCGUCUCUCACCUUGACAAGUGGGCACACCAUACCCAAGACUAUGUUACAGCCCUCCUCGAAAGGAACAUUAGAGUGUUGAUUUAUGCCGGAACUUAUGACUGGCAGUGCAACUGGAUUGCAAACAAGCUGUGGGUGGAUAAGUUAGAUUGGACGGGACGUUCUGCGUACGUGAAAGAGAGCUGGAAGUCAUGGUACGUCGAUGGAGAAAAGGCAGGUGAAACCAAGAAUGCUGGCCCUCUGACAUUUGCUACGGUGCUGGGCGCCGGCCACAUGAUGAGUCCUUCCUUUGCUCUGGCUGUGACCUUCGUCUGA